AAUUAGACUAAAUAGACAGUAAAGUUUAAACCCUUCUUAUAAAAUAAAAUCUAAACAAAAAUAUUUUUUGGAAAAGGACUGUAGGCAAUCAUGCUGUAAUUUUCAAAAAUGAAUUUUAGAGCCAAAAAAAAUUAGAAAAGAAAAUAUACUAGUUCUGGAAAUCAGAUUUUCUAUAGCUUUUAUUUUAGUGCUUUGGAUAUCUUUCCAAAGAAAUCACAGCAAUUUUUAAUUAAAUCAGUCAAAAUAUCUACAGCAUAGUCUUUAAAAGGAAAAAAAAAAAACAAAGUUACAUCACUAACCAAUCAACCCUAUUAUUUACUAUAUCUUUUUGUCAACUAGUUAUAUCAUUUAGUUUUUUUCUAAAUAUAUCUUUCUACAAUGAAUUGAACCAAUAAAUUUUGUGGUUAAUUGGGCAUGCUGUAUCCUCUUGUUUAUUGUAUAUAUAUGUAGAAAUCAUCAUUAUAGGAUUUCCUAAGACUUCAAUUAAAUAUCAAUCUCUCUGUUAUCAUAUCUUCUUUCUCCUCUUUUCUUUUGAUCAGUCAAAAUAAUACAAUGAGAUCGGAAUCUGAAACACUAGAAGAUCAGCCAAAACCCCUUACAGUAGAAGAGAUGAAACAACGAAAAGAGGACCUGAGAGCAUGCUUCAUACUCUGCUAUUUUGUCCUCGUGAUAUGUUGGUUUUUGAUACUUUUCAGUAUGCUAGUGCCCGAGAUCAAAAUAGUUCAUAUGAGUUUUACAACCGAGCUUAAUAAUAAUAGUACAACACAACAAGUUCAUUAUCUUCCUCUAGUUAGUGCUAGAUGGGAUUUACUGAUAAGAGUGCCUGGAAAACUUGUUGGUGAUUACAUAUGCCUCCAAGGAAACCUCCAAGCCUCUUUUCUUUACAAGAAUGUUACUCUUGUUACGUCCUCUGUCCAAAGUUACGGGAAACUCGAAGUAGGCAUGCCUCAACUUCUCAAUAUUUCUGCGGCUGCUACUGAAGAAGAUUUGGGAGGUGCAGCUGGCAUGGGAGAGAUUAUGGAGGCUAUAAAAGAGAGGACUGAUUUGCGGUUUGGAUCGCGGUUGUCACUUACGGAUUGUAGGGAGGAGACAGAGGAAGGUACACUGAGCUAUGACUGCGAUGAAACCAUGUUGAAGUUUGAGCAAGGCUCAAAUCAUAUUAAGGCGACUACUUUCGGGAAGCACGCAAGUUGCAUUGUUAAUCUUUAGUUUCCUAAGUUGUUAAGUCAUCACUACAUUUGUGAUUUACUUAAUACUUUCAUUCGGAUUUGGCUUCUUGAUUUUGUUGUCGUUAUUUUAAUUUCUAGUUCUCCUUUGAGAUUGUUGUUUGAUCUCUCUCUUUUGACUUGUUAAUUUAUUUAUCAGGCAAACAACUGUUGAUAUACAUACUAUA